GGGGCCACCAUUCCCGUCCCCAUCCCUGUCCCCAGGAUGCUCCGCUGGCUGCUGCUGUGCGGGGCGCUGGGAUGCGGGGCAGAGCGGGCGGCCCCCCUCACCUUCACCAUGCUGCAAAGGACCCGCGUUUCCAAGGGCAGUUCCGUCUUCUCGGGGAACGCCAGCCUGGACGGGCAGCUCAGCCACCUCCUGGACGGCUCUAAUGUCACCCAAGUGCUGCCGCUGGAGCCCCCCGAUGCCUGGGCCAGGAGGCAGCAGGAUGUGGCCACCUACCUGAACUACUUCGGCCAGUUGGUGAAGCUCUUCAGCAAGGAGAGGCCCAUUAACUACACCCAGAGCCUCUGGUGCCACCUGGGCUGCCGCCUCUACCCCAACGGCACGGCCAGCAGCUUCUACGAGGUGACCCUCAACGGGACAGCUUUCCUCAGCUUCCAUGUCCCCAGCGCCACCUGGCAGCGGAGCUGGCCCGGCAGGCACGAGGUGGCUGCUUUUGCUGAGGAGCAGCUGAUGAAGUACCCCCAGACCACCCAGGAUCUCCAGCAUUUCCUCAACACCACCUGUGUCAGCAUCCUGAGGGCCCAGAGAGCCUGGACGGGAACACGGAGCAGCCGGUCACACACUCCCCUGGUGCUGGGCCUGAUCCUGGGGACUGUGGCCCUGCUGGGCAUGGCCGUGGGGAUCUUCUUGUGCACGGGAGGGAGCUGCUAGCAGAGCCAGCCACUGGCCCGUGUCACCCCCUGGGGGCAGGGGACUGACCCACCACCACCCCGUGGACACAGGGGACAGACCCACC